AUGGGCGACUCUGAGGCAGCAGCCGCCGUCGCGGCCGGCCGCGUACCACCGGAAAUCAGCCUCGCAUACCUAGAAGAGGACAGGGACACGCCGUCGAUGGACGCCUCGAUAUUCAUGUUCGCACUCACGCUGGUGAUUGUGAACGGCCGGGCCGCCUCGCGAUUCUACCUUCGCAAAGUCUUCGGGAUAGACGACAUACUCGCUGUGAUAUCGAUGGCAAUGUUCAUAGCCUUCCUCCCGCUGUGCAUCAUCCUAAUCAACAUCGGUUCUGGUCGACAUUUUGAAUUCAUUCAGUUUGUCAUGACCCAGGAGAUUUUAGAACGGACCGAAAUCCUCGACUUCACCGCGCAUCUCGUCUACACGAGCGCGCUACUAUUUUGCCGGUUCUCUGGUUUGGCGUUCUACUACCGCGUUUGUAGUGUUCACAGCCGGUUUCUCCUGGCGAUCAAGGGGGCCGCCCUCUUUCUUGUCGCCGGGUACAUCACGCAGAUGCUACUCAUUAUCUUUCACUGUCUCCCCGUCACGGCCCUCUGGCCCUAUGAAUGGCAAUCACAGUUCAACGAGUACAAAUGUCUGCCGUGGGGCUUUGUUUACGGAAUCAACUCGGCGGUCUCACUCCUUUGCGACUUUGUGCUGUUCGGAAUACCGAUCGCGAUGCUGCGGAUGCUGGACAUGCCCCGGAAACGAAAGAUUCAACUCGCCUGUAUUCUCCUGCCGGGUGUUGGGGUUGUUGCGAUCUCGGUUGCUCGUCUCAUACUCGUCAUCAACGGACAGUGGCAACCAGACCAGUCAUGGAUUUACAGUCCACUCCUCGCAAUUGAGGUGUCGGAAAUCGGCGCCACUCUCAUCGCCUUAUCAAUUCCUGGUAUAAGACCUCUGGCGGAGGAGGCUUUCAAGAGGACUGUCUCACUAUUCGGCCGGUGUUUCCCCAAACUCCAAAGGAAGCGAGGGCGAUCGAGCAUUCACUCGGAUCUGUGGUACGAGACACCGCCAUGGCAGACGAAGCCUACGCCAACGAGAUCGGAUUUCAAGUCAAAGGAUUUGAAGAGUAGUAUGGGCUUGGAGCUGAAAGCACUCCAGAGUCCCAGCAAGUCCCUGGAAAGCCCAACGAACAGGGGCAGACAACAACCAAGGCCAGAAAGCACGAAUCUCUGGAUGUUUGACAAAGAUUAA